GUGCGCCAGGACCUCCUCGGGAAACUCCAUGUGUCAGGCUGCGUGACAGGAAAAGAGCCCAAAAAAACUACAUUUAUGGGGCAUGCAGUGGUAAGGAGGAGGCCUGUGCUGACGGGACGCUUCUGCCAGUGAUGCUGAAACAAUGGAGAAGAAUGCUGGAAAGAAAAUGACCACGAAUAGCACUCCAGUGCAGAACGGCGCCUGGGCAGGCUGUGUGUUCCUGUUUCUGCGCUCUGCAUGUCCUCAUUUUGACCUGCUUGCUGCCUAUAAGGACCCGGACAGGAAAUUCAACCUUUUCAAAGUCAUCAGGCUAACGCUGUCAGACGCUGCAGGUGGCCUGGAUGGCUAUGAGAUCCUGAAGCUGCACGAUGCUGACCCCCAGCUGGGGGUGGAGGUGAAGUUUGUGGACGAGGCCGCAUGCCGAAGGUUUCUGGAGAGCUACGGCACCGGCUCCGUGCAGCAGUUCUUUGUUCAGCACGUCGGACGGGUUCUGCCUGGCCCGGAUGAGCUGGUGGUGGACACCCAGCUGAAGGCUGGAGACAACAUCCUUGACUUCUGCUUGGACGACCAGGACCUCUGUCUACAUCACAUCCAUCACUUACAGCCGGACCGUCUGCAGGAUGAUGAGGUCUCCCGGCUGGAGCAGCAGCUGCGGACCUUGGCGUUGGCCGACCGGAGCCCCUCCAACUCCGGACCGCCUUCUGCCAUUAAACAGGAAGUUCCCGUGGUGCCAGAUAACUGCUUCCUGUUUCAGAAGAGAAUGUUUGAUGACCGCCAGCUGACGUCGGCCGACCACCAGCGAUUCGCCACCAAUGUGGGGCGGGACUGGAAGAAGGUGGGACGAACCCUGCAGAAGACCUGCCGUGCCCUCAAGGGUCCCGCCAUCGACAACCUGGCGUACGAGUAUGAGCGGGAGGGGCUGUACGAGCAGGCCUAUCAGCUGCUGAGCCGCUUCAUCCAGGCGGAGGGCAAGGGGGCCCGUCUCGGCCGGCUCAUCGCCGCCCUGGAGGAGAACAAACUCAUCGGCCUCGCAGAGAUCAUGCUGGGCAUCCAGCCAAAGGAGUGACCUGAGCAAAAAGGAGCAAAAUGCAUGCUCUCUGAGGCCGUGUGCGU